GUCAAAGACUUAAAAGCUGCACCACAUUUUUCUUUUCAUGCCUGGGAGGCUCCGAGGUGCUGGUUUUGCGGCUGAUUUUGAUAAAGCACAAUUCGCUUUACUUACUCGACCCAGAAGCCUCAGCGAGUAAUCCCAUGUAGUCAUGUAGUGAAGGCAUUGUUUUUGAUCGACUAGUGUCGAAUCGACCUAUUUCGACUUUGGGCUCUUUGAUACCCAGUCAUCGAUUCGCAACUGGCGAGGCCAAAUCCAAGAUCCUCAUCCCAUCUGCAGAUGUUGGGCAAGAAAUGGCCUCAGUAACCUGCUGGAUUGAACAUUUUAGAAUAUUCAUCCACAUAUGUUUUCCCAGCUGCUCCUUUGUGUUGCAUUGGCCCAAGCUUUGGAACUGGGUUUCGGGCACCUUUUAAGCCGGUUCAGUGCCGAUGUGGCAUCGCGAUUCGCACUGCUUGCGAAGACGGCGCUUUUGAGGUCUUGAGGUCAUGCCUGAGGAUGUGGAGCCAGUGGUUCAGGAGAUCCAGGAAACCGAGAAUGAGAAUGGUGACGCGAAGCAGAACGAGGAGACGAAGCCGGCGCAGGUGACAGCAACUGCGGCAGUGCCGGAGAACGUGUCCCACAACGAAGCAGAAGCAGCUCCAUCGGCCGCUGAAGCUGCUGAAGCCGCUGAAGCCACCAAAGCUGUGCCAGGGGAGGUGCCGAAAGAGAAUGAAGGAGAAGUAGCAGAGAGCGCGACGGUUGAGUCAGAGAAAGCGGAGGUGGUUGAGGUGGUGGAUGAUGAUGAGGCAGAACGGAAGCUUGAAGACAGGCAGAGAAGGAAAGACGACAAGGAGGACUCGCAACGACCCAAUGGGGAGACCAAGGAGGCCCCCCGUGAAGAUGAUAAGUUUCUAGUCGUGCGAAAUCUUCCAGAUUCUGCGUCGAGUCUGGGCUGGUUCGACCGUUACUCCUCUACGGGCAAGGUGGCAAACCUUACAUUCUUUGGCCGCUCCGGCGAUCCGCGCUCUGCGGUGCUCGAAGCUGAAACGCCCGAGGAUGCAGCAGCAUUGGCCAAGGCAUUGAACGAUGCUGCCAUAGAUGGCCGCACCACAACGGCCAAACUCAUCGACCAGGACGAGCGACGUCGACUGCUGCGGGAUAGAGUCCAGGACAAGGCCAUCAGCAGAAGCGCCGACAGACGUGGAGGUGGUGGCGGUGGAAGGUAUGCAGAUCGCUCGGAUCGUGACCGGGGAGCGAGGCCCAGAGGCCCUCCGGAGCGUCGGGAUGUUCGAGCGAGGGGUGGAAGAAGCCGCAGCAUGCGUGGGCGAAGGCCUGUUUUGACGUUGCGGGGUCGUGGUGGACGAAGCAUGUCACCUGGCCCCCGUCGAUACCAGGGCCGUGGUGAUCGCCCAGGUGAUCGGCCGCGAGAUCGAUUGAGAGGCCGCCCGGAACGAGGAGGCCAUGGCCAACGGGAUCGAGAACGAGAUCGCGGAGGCUAUAGACAGGGUGAGCGUCGUCGCAUGGAUCGGAGUGACCGGGCAGAUCUCGAUGAUAGAAGAGAAGGUCGCCGCAGAAGACGGCAUGGGCCCGUCUCCAGAAGAGAUGAACGACCUGAUCGACAGAGCAGGCGGCACAGAGGCCGCCAAGAGGAUGACCGAAGACCUCGUGGUCAUAGCGCAGAAGACCUGCGACAGGGUCGCCGUCGUCGGCGCCGCCGAUGCAUGCGCUCGGACAGCCGAGAGGCUAGAGACAGAGCAGAUGGCGAUGAGCCUCGCAAGAGGGCGCGCCCAGCUCCAGACCAACGAGGCAAGAAAGAUGAAAGUGAGUGUUCAGAGAGCAUGAGCAGUUCCGAGAAGAGGCCUCAAGAUACCAAAGAGGUUCGAAAGCUUCCGAAGCGUUCAACCACAGCGGAGCGCAAAAGACGGCGCGAUGAGUUGGAAGCCAAGGUAGCUGAGACCAUGUCUGCAGCAGGCGAAGCCUUUGCAGAUGCAGAGGAAGCCAAAGAGCAAGCUGCUGCCAAGCGUCAAGAAGCUGUCUCGGUGAAGAAGCAGGCAACUGACAAGGCAGCCAGAGUGGAGAAGCUCAAGAGGGAGAUUGAAAUGAAGAAGCAAGAGAUCAUGGCGCUGACUCAAGAAGCCAAAGAAACCAGGGAUGACUCUGAGCGCCUUCAUCGUGAAGCUGAGGUGAAAGCUCAAGAAGCAUCCCGCGCCGAGGCCGUAGCCACUGAGAAGGAGGAUGUGGCGGCCACGGCCAAGGCGAAGGGCGAUGAGCAUGCAGCCAUACUAGCAGAGUUCGACAAGAAAUAUGGUACGGGCCCACCUGUCAAAGACCCGAAACCCUAUGCCGAAGGAGAGAGCGACGAAGGCUCAGAGGCAUCUUACGAUGAAAGUGAGGAAGAAGAAGAAGUCGACAAUAGUAACGCAUACAACAUAUGAAGAGAA